AUGAAGGUGGGGGUGGCUGCGGUCUGUGUGGCGCUGCUGGUGGCAGUGUGCAGCGUUGAGGCGCUGAACAACGGCUUGGGCAAAACGCCGCAGAUGGGCUGGAACAGCUGGAACUAUUUCGCAUGCAACCUCAACGAACAGAUUGUCAACGAGACCAUCGACAAUCUCAUCUCGUCUGGCCUCGCCGCUGCCGGCUACCGCUACGUCAACAUGGACGACUGCUGGGCGGGCUGGCGAGACGACGCGGGCUUCAUCCACCCCGACAACAAGACCUUCCCUAACGGCGUGCGCCCGCUGGCCGACAAGGCCCACUCGAAGGGCCUCCUGUUCGGCCUCUACUCCGACGCCGGCGAGAAGACCUGCGCCGGCCGUCCGGGUUCGCUGAACUAUGAGAAGAACGAUGCGUACACGUACGCCUCGUGGGGCGUGGACUACCUUAAGUACGACAACUGCUACAAUGACAACAUCAGUCCGCUGACCCGCUAUCCCAUCAUGAGGGACGCACUCAACGCCACCAACCGCAAGAUCUUCUAUUCCAUGUGCGAGUGGGGAGUGGACAAUCCGGCCACCUGGGCUCCGCUGGUGGGCAACAGCUGGCGCACCACCGGGGACAUCUCCGCCCACUGGGCUAGCGUCAUGAGCCGCAUCGACCUCAACGACGAGUGGUGGAAGUACGCCGGACCCGGCGGCUUCAACGAUCCCGACAUGCUGGAGGUGGGCAACAAGGGCCUCACGCACACCGAGCAAAAGUCGCACUUCUCCCUUUGGGCACUCGCCAAGGCGCCGCUCCUCAUCGGGUGCGACAUCCGCAACCUCUCGCGCGAGGUCUUUGAGAUCCUGACGGCCCCCGAAGUGAUCGCCAUCAACCAGGACCCGCUGGGCGUUCAGGGCCACAAGGUGUGGAACAAGACCUUCGCCGAUGGCGCGAUCGACGUGUGGGCCGGUCCUUUGGCCAACGGAGACGUUGCGGUCAUUACCCUCAACCGCGCCUCCGUCCAAGCCGUCAUCCCCGUGACCUGGUCGGUCGUGGGCCUCAAGCCCGGCAGCUGGCAUGCGGUGCGCGACGUGUGGGCGCGAAAGGACAUCGGACACUACAACAACGGCUUCACCACCACAGUCGAGCCCCACGGCGUCUUCUUCGCUCGAAUCCGUGCCUGA